GAAAAGACAUUCCUCGUGUGGGUCAAUGAGGAAGACCAAUUGCGUAUCAUCUCGAUGCAGAAGGGUGGGAAUCUGAAGGAAGUGUUCAGUCGACUUGUGGAAGGCGCCAACGCUAUUGAGGAGAAGGUCAAGUUCCUGCGUGAUGAUCGCCUUGGCUUCCUGACAUUCUGCCCGACCAACCUGGGCACUACAAUCCGCGCCAGUGUGCACAUCAAGCUGCCGAAGCUCGGCGCCGACCGUAAGAAGUUGGAAGAGGUGGCGGCCAAGUACAAUCUGCAGGUGCGGGGGACUGCGGGCGAGCACUCGGAGAGCCACGGUGGGGUGUACGACAUCAGCAACAAGCGUCGCCUUGGUCUCUCAGAGUAUGAUGCCGUGAAGGAGAUGCAGGACGGUAUUCUGGAGCUCAUCAAGGCAGAGGAAGCUGUGGAGGAGGGUGGUGAAGGUGAGGCUGAAGCUCCCGCUGCUGAGUAA